AUGUCUGGUCUUCUUCAGAACCUGUUCAAGGGAAAAGCGCAGCCUCCUCCAGCCAGCGGGGAUGAUGUAGACUUCGCCGACUUCGCCUCAAACAUCCCCGAGCCACCGCCUGCAGCAGCCCACGGCCCACCCACGACCACCGCCACCACCUUCGCCGCCGGAACUCCGCUCACCAGCACCCUCCAGCCACCAACCGCCGCCCGCCCCGUGUUAUACACAGCAUGGUACCGCGUCUGGGAACGCGUCGAGCCCAGCGACUUCAUCCAGGAGGCCUUCGUGAUCCCCUUCAUCAUCCUCCUGUUGUGCGUGCACGUAUGGGGCAUGGGUAAGAACAGGCGCAAGGCCAAGCAGUGGGCGCAGGCGCAUCUGCCCACGCUCGAGAGCGAAUUUGCUGUCGUGGGGUAUGAUGGGCGUCCACGGGCGCGGAAGGCGCCGUCCGCUGACGCUGUGCAGGCGGAGGGGCUGAGAAAAGUGGCUGCGGACGCUGAUGAUGAUGAUACUGCUGCUGCUGCUGCUGCUGGUGUUGACAGGGUGGACGUGCCGGAGUCGAUGUUGAAGGAGAAGACUGGGACGGAGUUCACGAUGUAUGCGACUGGGCGGCAGAAUGUGGCUUUCCUGGAUGUCUCGAUUAGGUUGCUCAGAUGGUAUAAUCCGCUCUACAUGCUUGGUGAUCAGGUCGUUAGUUUGUUUUUUGACUCGUGGGCGGCGCCUGUGGAGCAGGUGGAGUGCGUUGCGUAUGCGUUUGAUGGGAAGGAGAAGGAUCUUGUUCCUGCGCCGUCUGCUGUGGAGAGCGAGAUGAUUGAGCAGCGGUCUAAGGGGGGAAGUAAUAGUUCGGCCUAUGACGGGUUUGUGUUUGCGAUUGUGCAUAAAAAUUGCAUGCGCAGGCUACGUGAGGAUCGAUAUGACAUCUCCCUAACGUUUACAAAGGAUAUUUCGAAGUUACCGGAUUGGGCGACUGUUAUGAGCGAGAGUGCGGAGAUUACCGAGAUGAUGCUUACGGCUGAGCUUGUCGAGGCUGUUGCGAGGGCUGGAGAUGAUUUUGAGUAUUUGAUCAUUACGGAUCAGCCGCUGGAUAAGCCUACAAAAAUCGACGAAACCACCCCUCGCAAACGCAUCAACCUCUCACUCCGCCUCCCCAAAUCCUCCAACUACACCCACACCCUCCCCCUCUUCACCCAAUUCCUCCGCCUGACUGACCGCCUCGUCUCCGUUGCCCACUUCCGCGCCGAGGUCAGUCGCAAGCUGCGCAAUACGCGCGAGGAAGAGAUUCGUAAGCUCCGCCGUGCUUAUGAGGAGGAGAAGGCUGAGGAACGCAAGUUGUUGGCGGAGAAGACGAAGAAAGAGGAACGUGAUAGGCUGUUGAGGGGUAUGUCUGCCGAGGAGCAGAGGAAGUAUUUGGAGAAGGAGAAAGAGAGGGAGGUGAAGAGGGGGUUGAAGAGGACUACGAGGAAGGGGUAG